AUGGCAAACAAGGGCUUCGCCGUCCCUGUAGCUGCCGUCGGCGCUUUGCCGUCGGCCACCGUCGGCAAAGUCUUCGCCGUGUGCUUACGGUUCUUCGCCGUGUGCCUCGGGCACACGGUGAACUCGUUUACAUCGUGUACGCACCUGGCUUCGCCGGACCUGUCGGAGUCCGAGGACGGUGUCUCUGAUGUAGAAUUUGCUCAUCACGACCUGCUGAACCAGGUCCUUGACGACAGCAGCUCUGCUUCAGAUAGGAUCCUCCGCAGUUACAAGAGAAGCUUAAAUGGAUUCGCAGCAAGGCUAACCGAACAGGAGGCACAUGAACUAUCUAGCAUGGAUGGCGUCGUGUCAGUCUUCCCAAGCAGGACCUAUGAGCCGUUGACCACAAGAUCGUGGGACUUCUUGGGCUUCCCUCAAACGCCCAAGGAAGAGCUACCGCUGGAAGGAGACGUCAUCGUCGGCAUGCUCGACACCGGCAUAUGGCCCGACUCGCCGUCCUUCUCCGACGACGGCUUCGGCCCGCCGCCGAGCAGGUGGAAGGGUGCCUGCCAGAACUUCACGUGCAACAAUAAGAUCAUCGGAGCUACUCCUGCUAAUGGGGCGGGAGGGUCGAGCGAUGGCCUGUCGCCGCUCGACGACGUGGGCCACGGCAGCCACACGGCGUCGACGGUGGCCGGGCGGCCAGUCGGCAACGUCAGCUUCAACGGCCUGGCCGCCGGCGUCGCCCGCGGCGCCGUGCCGGGCGCCAGGCUCGCCGUCUACAAGGUGUGCUGGGAAGGGGGCGGCUGCGGCGGCGCCGACAUCCUCGCGGCAUUCGACGACGCCAUCGCCGACGGCGUGGACGUGAUCUCCUUCUCCAUCGGGGGCUCGCUGCCGUCGCCGUACUUCAGGGACGCGGCGGCCAUCGGCUCCUUCCACGCCGUGCGGCGCGGGGUGGUCACGUCCACGUCCGCCGGCAACUCGGGGCUCCCCGGCGGCGGGCGCGUCUGCAACGUCGCGCCGUGGAUGCUGUCGGUGGCGGCGAGCAGCAUCGAUCGCCGGUUCACCGACACGAUCGUUCUCGGGAACGGUGAUACCUUUGUGGGAGCCUCCAUCAACACCUUCCCAACACUAACAAAUGCUACGCUUGCAUUCCCCACCAACGGGUCUUGCGAUCCAGACGACCUGACCGGAGGUUCCUACAGAGGGAAGAUCGUCCUCUGCCUGCCGCCGGCCCAGAUCGGCCAUCCAGUCGACCCGCUCUCGGCCGAUGCGGCAGGCGCCGUCAUCCUCACCCGCGCACCCGACGUCGCCUUCGUGCUGCCGCUCCCCGGCCUCACGGUGACUCGGGACCAGUUCGACCAGAUCAUGGCGUACGUCAACAGCACUAGCAAUCCUGUGGCUACCAUUGGCAGAACCGAGACAACGGGCAAUCCCCAAGCUCCGGUAGCCGCCUCGUUCUCUUCUCCGGGGCCGAACCUGAUCACCCCGGGGAUCUUGAAGCCUGAUCUAUCGGCGCCGGGGAUCGACAUCAUAGCCGCAUGGACGAUGCUGUCGUCGCCGACGGGUAACCCCAAGGACAACAGGAAGGCUCCGUACAACAUCAUCUCCGGCACGUCCAUGGCGUGCCCGCACACGAGCGGCGCCGCCGCGUACGUCAAGUCGUUCCACCGCGACUGGUCGCCGGCGAUGAUCAUGUCGGCUCUCAUCACCACCGCCACUCCGAUGAACUCGGCGGGCAACUCCGGCUGGACGGCUCUCAAGUACGGCGCCGGGCAGCUCAGCCCGGCGACGGCGCGCGACCCGGGCCUCGUGUACGACGCGUCGGAGGGCGACUACGUGGCCAUGCUGUGCGCGCAGGGGUACAACGCCACGCAGCUCGCGCUCAUCACCGGCUCCAACGCCACAUCCUGCGCCGACGUCUCGAGGUCGGCCGGCAGCUCCGGCAGCGACCUCAACUACCCGACCAUGGCGGCGCGCGUCGAGCAGGGAAAAAACUUCACCGUGCGCUUCCCGCGUACCGUCACCAACGUCGGAGCUGCCAGCGCCGUGUAUGACGCGAAGGUCCUUCUGUCUGCCGAGGCGGCCAAAGACCUCGCCGUCGAAGUCUCGCCGAGCAAGCUGGAGUUCACCGCGCAGAACCAGAAGGCCUCGUUCACCGUGACGGUGUCCGGCGUGGCGCCGGCGGCGGAGGGUCAGGUCCACUCGGCGGCCGUCGUGUGGUACAACGACGAGCACCAGGUGAGGAGCCCGGUGGUGGUCUACGCAUAG